AUGCUGCUUCAAGCUGCUCUCAUUUUUCUAGCGCUGCAGGCCGGCGUCGUCCAGGCCGAUCUCUCAGCUCGAGCUGGCCCUCUCGUUGACGCGACAUUCGACUACGUAGUCGUGGGUGGUGGCACGGGCGGAAAUGUUGUGGCAACUCGACUCGCGCAGCAUGGGUCUAAAGUCGCAUUAGUCGAAGCUGGAGGACUCUAUGAGCUUGAGUCAGUGGUAGAAGUCCCCGCGGCCGAUGUACUCCCCUGCGGCUCGGAUCCGGGCACUCAGUCUGCUGUGGAUUGGGGGUUCGUGACGCAUGGUCAGCCAGGUGCAAAUGGGCGAUCUAUUCAUUAUGCUCGUGGAAAAUGUCUUGGCGGAUCAUCUGCACUGAAUUUUAUGAUCUACCAACGGCCAACGAUUGAAUCAAUGCAGCAGUGGGCCGAUACGGUCAACGACAGUAGCUAUACCUUCGAUAAAGUUCUCCCGUACUACAAAAAAAGCGUUCAGUUCACAGCACCGAACACCCAAUACCGCGCAUCCAACGCCACUGCAGCUUAUGAUGCAAAUGCUUUCGAGUCAAGUGGCGGCCCACUACAGGUGUCCUAUGCCAAUUAUGCUAUGCCUUUCUCUUCCUGGAUGAAGUUGGGCAUGGAGGCAAUUGGCAUCAAGGAGAAGGAGGAUUUCAACUCGGGCUCUUUGAUAGGAGCACAGUAUUGUUCAUCAACCAUUGACCCUUCGGAUGAGCUUCGCAGCAGCUCUCAGUCUUCUUUUCUAACCGAGAUUACCCCGUCUACUUUGACCACUUAUAGCUCUACACUGGCGAAGAAAAUCGUUUUCAACCCCCAAAAGAAAGCCACCGGUGUGCACGUGACAGGGCUACUUGGAAACACUGUUACUCUUCACGCAUCUAAUGAGGUUAUCAUCUCUGCUGGUUCUUUUCAGUCACCCCAGCUUCUGAUGGUCUCCGGUGUCGGACCUUCCGACGAGCUGAAAGACCAUGGAAUUGAUGUUGUUGCUGACCUUCCUGGAGUUGGCCAGAACAUGUGGGAUCAUCCAUUCUUUGCUCCCACCUACCGUGUGCAGGUUGAUACCUUGACCAAGUUUGCCAGCAACCUGGUCUUUGCUGCUGAAAGCGUUAUUGGUGGACUGUUGGAAAAGACUGGUCUUAUCACCAACCCAGUCGCGGAUUACCUCGCUUGGGAAAAGAUCCCGCAGACCCUUCGCUCGCAGUUCUCGCAGAGCUCGCUAGAGUCUUUGACAAACCUCCCCAGUGACUGGCCCGAGGCCGAGUACAUCUCCGGCGCGGGAUACAUUGGCAAUGUCUCCAAUCUCCUUGAAGACCAGCCCAAAGAUGGAUACCAGUACGCCUCAAUCUUGGGAGUUCUGGUUGCACCGCAAUCUCGCGGCAACAUCAGCUUGAAAUCUGCUGAUACGAAUGACCUGCCAAUAAUCAACCCCAAUUGGCUUGACAGCACUGCAGACCAAGAAGUUGCCAUUGCCAUGUUCAAGCGCAUGCGUGAGGCAUUCCAGAGCGAUGCUAUGGCACCAGUUGUUAUUGGAAAGGAGUACUAUCCUGGCGAGGCAGUCCAGAGUAACGCGGAUAUCUUGGAAUUUAUCAGGAACAAUGUGAUGACCCUGUGGCAUGCUGCUUGCACUUGCAAGAUGGGCAGCUCCGAUGAUGAGAUGGCGGUUGUUGACUCGCAGGCCCGUGUCUACGGCGUUCAGGGUCUUCGUGUGGUCGAUGCCAGCGCGUUCCCAUUCCUGCCUCCGGGUCAUCCCCAGUCGACAGUUUAUAUGCUUGCGGAGAAAAUCUCAGAUGCCAUCAUCCAGGGUCUCUAA